AUGGACAGGCAGCAUUCAGAAAAGCCACCCAGCCACGCCACGGCUGACGGCACCUCCUCAGCCAGCUCCCAGAAGCCCAGAAUCUCCUCCCACAUCUCUGAAUCCACGAAGUACCAGUCUUACAUGAAGGUACCUCGGAAUUCUGCCCGCAGGGACAGACAGACACACCCCACCACCAUCCUGCUCUGCAAGUCACGGAGCAGCCAGGCCGCCCUGGUGCCCAAGGAGCACAAGACAUUCAUGGAGGAAGCCUACAAUGCAGCCAUCUGCUUCAAGAUGCUCCGGGACCUGAAUGGUUCAGACCCCGUCCGCCUGAAGCACAUCAUCAAGAAAAUCAAGAACAUGGCUCACAGGGCCCCCAACCUGGUGCUGGAAACCAUCCAUGACUACUUUGUAGACAACCUGGAGAUCCCCGCCCGGCACAAGUUCCGGCUCUUCCAUGUCCUGCAGGCGGUCAUUGGAGCCAGUGAGUCCCUGGAGGAGACCUGGGAGAAGACCUUCAUACAGCUGGCCCUGGAGAACAUGACCAAGUCCACGGAGCUGGAGGAGGCCUACCAGGACGCAGCCAGCCACGUGCUGGUGGCCAUCUGCAGGCACGCGUGGCGGGUGGUGGCCCAGCACCUGGAGACCGAGGUCCUGUCGGGCACCUUCCCGCACCGCAGCCUCCUCCACGUGAUGGGCAUCCUGACGUCUAACGAGGAACUCUUCAAGGAGGGAGAGAAGGCUUGCUGGGAAGAGCAGCUGGCCAAGAUGGCCGUCAAGUCGGUCCAGUUUCUGAACACAGAAGGGUGGUCCAAGGAGCUGCUGGGGGCCCUCACCAAGCCUGACCAGACACAUCAGGAACAGCCCCUGGAGAAGGCCUUCCUGUUCAUCUACUAUGGGCUGAUCCUCCAAGCCGAGGAGAAUGGCACCACAGUCAGGACACACCUGAGAGCCCUCCUGGAAACGUCCCACCAGUGGCCCAAGCAGAGGGAGGGCAUCGCCCUCACGGUGGGGCUGGCCGCAGCCCGCCACCUGGACCACGUCUGGGCCGUCCUGGAGCAGUUUGGCCGGAGCACACCCAUCAAGUGGAGCCUGAACAGUUUCUCCCCGAAGAACGCAGAGGACCUGCGCUGGAAGUGGGCGAGCAGCACCAUCCUGCUGGCCUACGGCCAGAUGGCGGCCAAGGCCAAGGUCCACAUCCUCCCGUGGGUGGACAACAUCUUGUCCCGGAUGAUCUUCUUCUUCCACUACAGCUCCUGGGACGAGACCCUGAAGCAGAGCUUCCUCAAGGCCAUCCUCAUGCUGGUGAGGGCCAUCAGUCGCAACGAGGGUGCCCACAGCUACGAGUUCUCCCAGGUCUCUGAGCUCCUCGAGUGUCUGAUGCUUCUGAUAGAGAAGGAGCCUCAGGACACGCUGUGCACGUCGACCCGCCAGCAGGCCAUCCACAUCAUCUCCAGCCUCUGUAAGCUGAGGCCGCCCCUGGACGUGGAGAAGAAAUCCCGGCUUCUGUCCAUCAGCCUCCGCAGCGUGUUGUCCCUGCCUCUGCUGGAAGUCCUGGAGAAGCACACCUGCCUUUUUCUGGAGCCGCCCAACAUACAGGUGCAACCCUGGCGCCUGCCCCGCUUCGAGCAGGGUCGCUCGGGAAGGAGGUUGGCCGCCCUGCGGGGAGAUGACUGCCACUGCGGCAGCCGCCACCAGGGGCGCUGCAGUCCCCUGCGGCCUCGCACCCGCCUGGCGCCUGGGGCCAUGGCCAAGGGCCGGGAGCCGCUGUUCACUGAGCACCUGCUGUGUGCCAGGCCCAGCGUGUGCAUUCGCUCACCUUCCCAGCAGCGACCGGACCUGCGCUUCAGGCCUCCCCCUCAGGCAGAGUUCAGGCGGGCACUGGAGGGGUCGGCAGCUUGGGUGGGGUACCAGAGGAGGACCUCACAGCUGGCUCCCCCAGGGAGUGCAGCCGGGAGCCAGGCGCUGGGCUGGGGGCUCUUGUUCAUUCGCAUCCCGUGUCCACCUCCACCCUGGCAGGGAGCUGGCUCCAGCCCAGUUCUCAGCUGCCCCGCGGGGAUGGUGGGGGGCCCUUCCUGGGCGUGGCGCGAGCUCGCUGGUGUGCAGCCCAGCCCGGGGAGCGCUCAGGACACGGGCACCACGGCCCUGAGCGGCCGACGCACACAGCCCUCCCUCCGGCCGGCCGGGGCUUGGCCGCCGCCUGACCUGCUCCACGUCCCGGCACAGAGCCUCUACAACAAGACCUCGGAGGCCCUGGACCAGAUGCUGCAGAGCCUCCUCGUGCAGAACCCCACGGCCGACGAGCUGCACUUCCUGCUGUCGCACCUGUACUUCUGGCUGGCGUCAGAGAAGGCGCACGAGCGGCAGCGGGCUGCGCACAGCUGCGUGACCCUCCUCAAAUUCCUGAGCCACAACCCCCACCUGGACCCCAGAGAGGACUUCAGACGGAUCGGGGAGCUGGUGGGCAUGCUGGGGAUUCUGUGCCAGGACCCGGACGAGGCCACCCAGUCCCGCAGCCUGGAAGGGGUGGGCCAUCUCUACAAGCUCCUGAUGCGCCGCAGAGGGGAAGCUUUACAGGUGCAAGCGCCGUCCGCCAAGCAGCUUUCCAAGGCUGGCGAGGAUGGAGCCCCGCUCUGGAGCGACGGGGACCAGGAGGCCACUGCCCCCAGCCCCCAGGAGGUGGUGCUCUCGAAGGACCACGUCUUCCAGCCUGGCAGCUCCCCAGGCAUCAAGGAGAUCGCAAAGCAUCUCACGAUGGCAGAGCUGACUGACCUCAUCCGGACGGCCGUCGACGGCCUGGGCUCCAUCAGCCCCUUCCGUGUGCAGGCGGCCGCUGACCUGCUGCUCUCUGUCGUCCGGGAGCACGGGGCCAAGCUGAAGACCGUUGCCAACCUGGGCCGGGCCAUCCACCUGCAGCUCUGCUCUGUCCGCAUCCCCCAAGCCAAGGGAAAAGCCCUGCAGGCCAUCACCCUGCUGGCCCGGAACCACACCCCCGAGCUGGUGGCUGCCUUCCUGGACUUCUCCAUACCCCUGAACAGCCACGCCUUGCGCCUGUGGAGGGCCCUGGGGGCCGAGCGGCCCGUGAGCCGCCUGGUGCUGUCCGCGCUGCUGGCCUGGCUGCGGAAGCGGCCCCUGCCCACCAGGACCGCCGCCGGCAGCCCCCGGCCCGAGGAGGAGGCCUACCUGCGCUCCGUGGCUGCCAUGAACACGCUGCAUGAGCUGCAGUUCGCCCGAGAGUUCAAGAAGGCCAUGCAGGAGUCCUACCCUGAGCUCUUCCUGGCCCUCCUCACCCAGAUGCACUACAUCUUGGAGCUGAACCUGCCCAAGGAGUCCCAGCCCGGCAAGGAGGCCCAGGAGGUGGCCGUGCCCAGCCCCCAGAGCUGCCGCACCGCACUGGAGGCGCUGAGGAGCCUGCUCUCCACCACUGGCCACUGGCGGGACUUCGCCCACCUGGAGCUGCAGCGCGCCUGGGACCUCUUCACCACCAUCCACACCUACCCGCAGGGCGUGGGCCUCCUCGCCAGGGCCAUGGUGCAGAACGGCUGCGGGCAAGUCAAGGCGCUGAUCGUCCAGCUGCUGCCCCGCCUGCAGAGCCAGGAGGAGCGGGAGAGGAAGGCGGCCAUCCUCCUCCUCACAGAGUUCCUCUACAGCCCCACCCUGCUGGAGGUGCUCCCCAGACAGGCCGCCCUGACCGUGCUGGCCCGAAGCCUCAGGGACCCCAGCCCCGAGAUCUGCGUGCUGAGCCUGCAGGGCCUGGGAAACAUCCUCUUCCACCCGGAGAAGGGAAGUCUGCUCCGCGGACAGCUGCCGCCCCUCCUGGACGGCUUCUUCCAGAGCAGCGAGCCGGUGGUGGUGCGCCUCAUGCGCACGGUGUCGGACGUGCUGCACCGCCUGGGCCCGCACGGCACGGAGGCCCAGAGCCUGGGCAUCGCCAUCAACGCCCGCUCCUUCUUCGACGACCAGCGGGACGCCAUCCGGGCGGCGGCCGUGGCUCUGUUCGGCGAGCUGGCGGCGGCCAUGGCGGGCCGGAGGCUGAGCGGCCUGCGGACCCAGGUGCGCCAGAGCAUGGUGGCCCUGCUCCUGCACCUGAAGGACAGCUGCCCGGCCGUCGUCACGCAGGCCAAGUUCGCCUUCUACCACUGCUCCGUGCUGCUCCGAUGGCGGCCGCGGCACACCCUCUUCUGCACGCUGGCCUGGGAGAAAGGGCUCAGCGCCCGCCACUUCCUCUGGAGCUGCCUGAUAAGCCACAGCCAGGAGGAGUUGAGCCUCCACUGGGCGCAGGCCCUCAGCUACCUGCACAGCCGCCACCACUACAUCAAGACCUGGGCAGCGCUCUUCAUAGGUUAUACCAUCUGCUACCACCCACAGGCCGUGUCCCAGAUGGUCAACGACGUGGACAUGAAGCUGCUGUUCUGCACUUUUGAGGAUCUCAAAAAUGACCCAGAGCCCGGCAUCCGAGAAUUCGCCACCAGGCAGUCCUCCUUCCUUCAGAAGGUGGCAGCCAGACCGCAGUGACCUCCAGCCGUCUUCCCUCACCUUCCUCCUUCCCCUGUGCCCACCAUGUCAGGCAGCCCUGCCCUG